AUGUCUUGGAAGGUAUCGGAAGCGACACUUGCUGACGUUCCCGCCAUAACAACAAUCUACUCUCACGACGAAUCCACGCCAUUUUUGGAGCUGUGCCUAGGGUCUUUAAACGUGCUUGCGCUGAAUUACAACCAAGCGGCGCGAAUCGCUGAUAGCUUGCAAGACCCAGAACAAGCGUGGUUCGUUACUCGAGAUGAGCGCAACAAGAUAGUCGGCUUUGCUGAGUGGCAGCUGCCCAAGGACGAGGCAGAUAGUGGAGAGCAGGUGGCAGAAGAGCUGGUAAAUCCUGGGGUUAUUCCCGGCUUCGAGUUCAAAAAUUGA